UUAGGUGGGUGGAGCAAGAUUUUAUUCUGAUUGCAGGAAGAAAAGAGUGGGGCUUGGGAGCCAGACCAGUCCCUGGAUGACCAAGUCAUUCCCACCGGACUGUUAACUGCUGGCCCAGGCUGGUGGACUUCUCAAGCUUUUUUUGAGUAAGAAUCUUACACCUGUCUGAGUGGAAGAAAGGAGAACGUUCAGAGUAGAAUGGAUCGCUACAGAUAUUUCAUCUUCAACCAGAGAAGCAUGUUGAUAUUAGGGCUACUUCAGAUAGCUUGUGCUACAGUUUGUGUCAUCAGUGGAUUAAUAGAUGGUGUUUUCAGAAAGGAAUCAGAAUUGAGUAAAUCUAAGAUACCCAUUUGGGCUGGAGUGUUUAUGAGCAUUCCUGGAAUUUUGGCUUUAAAUUCAUCUCAGAGGAAGAAUCCAAUUCUGGUGAAUGCCACGAUAAUUGCUUCAGUAUUUUCCUGUUUCACCACUUUAACUGUAAUAAUUUAUGCCUCUAUGACAUUAGAGUAUGGUGAAAAACAUGCGGAGUCUAAUUAUGUAUCCUCUAACCACCCAACUAUUGUAUUGGUGCUUGGUAAACUGGUUCAAGGAGCUAACAUCACAAUGAUGAUUUCAUCAUUUUUUAGUAUAUUUAUUGUGCUGGUGAUUGUGUAUGUCAGCUGCCGAAGUCUUCCAUGUUGUUCUUGCUAUGACAGUAUCACUGGACUUGAGCAUCUAAAAAAUAAUGAAGACCAGUUACAAACUACAGAAUUAGUCUGCCUUUCACGUGAUCAAGAGGACAGAAUUUUUAAUUGUCCAGUAAAAGUUCCUCAACCAUAUAUAGAAACAGAUUAUGAAAUAAGUGACCCUCCUCCAUACAUCAGGCUGACUUAGAAACAAAUUCUACAAGGAUUUAAUGAACAGAUCCUUUAUAAUUAAAAAAAAGUAUUAAAUGUGUACAAUUAUUAAAGAAAUUGAAAAAUACUCUCUUCACAGAUCCUAAAAAUAGGGGUGUUAACAUUAUUGUUUAUUUAUCCAUCCAUUUGUCUACAUGUAUACCUUCAAAUAUAUGAAUUUACUUAUGUAUAAAAAUGUUUUAUUACAUG